GGGGCGGGCCUAUGACCACCCCCGGACAGUUUAUAUAAGGAGCAGCCACCGGGCCAGCCCUGUCUAUCCCUGAUCGUUGUUUGGAGGGGUAACAAGUCCUAGGGGGAAAUAUUCAUCAUGUGGACACCGGUAGCCCUCCUCUGUUUCCUGGCCACCCUGGCCAGCACUCGCAAUGUCCCCCACUUUGCCCCUUUAUCUCAUGAAAUGGUUAAUUUCAUCAACAAGAUCAACACCACGUGGACGGCCGGGCAUAACUUUAUUAAUGGAGAUGUGAGCUACGUGAAGAAACUCUGCGGAACUUUUUUAGGAGGUCCCAAGCUCAAAAUGAGGUACUCCUUUGCUGGAAUGAUGAAGCUGCCAGAAAACUUUGACUCCCGUGAAGCUUGGCCAAACUGUCCGACGAUCAAGGAAAUCCGAGAUCAAGGCUCUUGUGGGUCCUGCUGGGCGUUUGGGGCGGUGGAAGCGAUUUCUGACCGCGCCUGUGUCCACUCCGGGGGAAAAGUAAAUAUUGAGGUGUCGGCAGAAGACCUCCUAUCCUGCUGUGGCUCGGAGUGUGGAAUGGGAUGUAAUGGGGGAUACCCCAGCGGUGCGUGGCAGUACUGGACUGAAGAUGGCCUUGUUUCUGGAGGCUUGUAUGACUCCCAUGUAGGCUGCAGGCCUUACUCCAUCCCACCCUGCGAGCAUCACGUCAAUGGCUCCCGCCCUGCCUGCAAAGGAGAGGAGGGGGAGACUCCAAAAUGUGUGCGGAAGUGUGAAGAUGGCUACUCUCCGUCCUACAAGAGCGACAAGCACUUCGGUGUCGACUCCUACAGCGUCCCAAGCAGUCAGGAAGAGAUCAUGGCAGAGAUCUACAAGAAUGGGCCUGUAGAAGGAGCGUUCCUGGUCUACGCGGACUUCCCGCUGUACAAAUCAGGUGUAUACCGCCACGUGACGGGAGAGGAGCUCGGUGGACAUGCUAUUAAGAUCCUGGGCUGGGGUGUAGAGGACGGCACCCCCUACUGGCUGUGUGCAAACUCCUGGAACACAGACUGGGGUGCCAAUGGCUUCUUCAAGAUACUUCGUGGGGAAGACCACUGUGGAAUAGAGUCUGAAGUCGUUGCUGGAGUUCCCAAAAACUAAACCACUCGGACUGGGCUUACAUUUUCCUGGCUGGCUGUAAUUUUUUUUAUUUUUUUAAA